UAAUUCGUAACAAAGACAGAAAUCCUGCGUUUACAACCACUCUUUCUAUCCAUGUAUCAACCAGUUGACACGUUCAGCAGUAAGAGGGACGUAGUGUUUCUCCUUGACGGAUCAGACGACUCCAGAAACGGGUUUCCAGCUUUCCGAGAGUUUGUCAGAAGAAUGGCAGAAGAGCUAGACGUUGGCAAAGAUGGCGUUCGGUUAGCUGUUGUGCAGUACAGUGAUGAUGCCACGGUUUACUUUAACCUGGCAACCCACAAAACCAAAAAGGCAGUUAUCUAUGCCAUCAGGGCGCUUCGACAUAAAGGAGGAAGAUCUCGUAACACCGGCACUGCGCUGGAGUUUGUGCGAAAACAUGUUUUUUCAGCGUCCUCUGGCAGCAGGCGCCUGGAGGGAGUCCCUCAGGUCCUGGUUGUGCUGACCGGUGGUACGUCCAGUGACGAUAUCUCCAGCGCUGCUUUGGACCUGAAGCAAGUUGGAGUUUUUUCUUUCGUCAUUGGAAUGAAAAGUGCUGACCAGGAGGAACUUGAGAAAAUUGCCUCCUCCUCCAGGUUUCUUUUCAACUUUCCUGUCUUCAGUGAACUUCUGUCCAUUCAGCCUGAGAUGGCUGCAUUCAUCCAGACUGAAGUACAAACUCAGCCUCCUUCUGGCGUGGGUAAGAAGCGUCACAGAUUUACAGCCUCCCUGCUUGUGUCCCGCUACCACAGACUCUGCAGACUUUAAUGCCAAUGAAACUGCGUCAUCUUCUCAGAACAUCAGUCGAUCAGUUUCAUGCUUUUUGUUCUUUUUGGAAGAUGCAACAAUCUAGGUUGCAUUGUCUCUUGUUUUGUUCUGAAU